AUGUUGGAACGUCACUCCGCCGCGAAGGUCUCAGUCACCUUGAGAACAAGGGAUGACUGGCAGAGUUGGAUUGAAGACAUAAAAUCGAUUGCCUUAUUAGGCAAAGUAUGGGGAUAUAUUGAUCCUAGCAAGGCAGAGGCUGAGCUAGAACAAAUCCCUAAGGAACCGGAGAUUCCUGCAGAUACAGCAACAUCUGCAGAGAUCAAGGUAUUUGAGAUCAAAUACAACCGAUACCAACGAAUUGAACGUGGAGUCGCUGCGAUCAGCGAAGCUAUCCACAAUUCAAUAAGUGUUUUACUGAAGCACUUUUAUAUCAACAACCGGGAGUCACCGUACAAGGUUUUAAAUGCUUUGAAAAAGCAAUUUGUUCCCAAUGACGAUGAGCUCAAGAUGAUGGCUAUUCGACGCUAUCAGCGAGCUAGAUCGACGCCGAUUAAACAAUCAAAUCCCGAAAAUUGGCUUACCGAAUUCGAAAGCGCUUAUUAUGGAAUGAAACACCAUGAUCUUCCUGAAUCGCAGGAUAUGUAUGUGAUCAGAGACUUCCUAGGUGCAGUUAUGAAAACUUCAAAGGAAUGGGUCAUGAUCAGACGAAACCUAUUGCAUCAGCAAGAAUAUAAGAGCCAGACGAUCACGGAAACGAUAGCAGCUUACCGAGAGUAUCUAUCAGAUGAAGUACUCUAUCAAGAUACUAACCUGAAUGUUGCAUUCGCUGCCAAUCCAACGCUUCAAGGAACCGGGAUUCCGGAUCAGUCAAAUCAAUCAAACCAAUCGAACCAAUCGAACCAGUCAAAUACAACAAAAUUUGUACCGAAGUGCGCAUGUGGCAAGAAACACUUCUUCAAAGAAUGCCCCUACGUGGUCAAAUCAUUGCGAAAGGCAGGCUUCGUGGAAGAUCCAGAGAUCAGGACGAAAUUCGAUGAUAUCCUGAAGACCCCGGGUGGAAGAAACAAUAUGUUAAAGAAAGCAAUAGAACUGAAUAAGCAAGCCAAGGAGGAACAUGCUAUGGCUGCUAUAUCGGUAGGAUUCUCUGCAACAGAGAUUUCGCUGAAGGAUAGUUUUAUCCUAGAUUCGGGUGCCUCAGUGCAUAUUUGCAACGAUAAAGCAAGGUUCAAACAGUUGAAACAGGGCACAGGGGACUUUCUGCGUGCUGGUGACACUACCGUACCAAUUGAGGGUACUGGAGUAGUUGAAAUAUCACCAAACUGCAAAGGAACCGAGGAUGUUUUGAUAUCUCUGCAUGAGGUAGCCUAUAUGCCAGGUUUUCAUACUAAUAUCGUCUCAGCAAGUCGCAUGAAGCGGGCAGGCUAUAUAUGGGACUUUGCGAGAGAUAGAGUAUUGAAAAACGGCAGAGAGAUCUUCAGGCUUGCAGAAUAUCAAGGACUUUGGGUCAUGGAGCAAAACAGCAGAGAUCAGAAUUCUGAAUUGACCAAUGAGGAUGCUUAUUCAACAUUGGGAUGGAAAACGCCGUUCGAGAAGGCUACCGGGAAACGUCCGAAUAUGGCAAACCUGUAUACGUUUGGCUGCAGAGCCUACGUACGAGAUCAGUCAUUGAAUCAGAAAAACAAGACACUGAAAACGAAACCGCGAGCGUUAGGGGGCUACUUAGUCGGAUAUAAAGCCUCAAACAUAUGGCUUAUCUGGAUCCCCAGUAAGCAACGAAUCGAAACAGCGAGGGAUGUUAUAUUUGAUGAAUCAAAGCUUUAUGAUCCGAAUCAACCAUUCUUGGAGGAUGAGAUUGUGGAGGAAUCGCCAUUUCCACCAAUUGAAACGACCGAAAUCAACCGACAUGAUGAAUGGGAACCGUUGGAGAUUAGGGAUGAAGUUGAAAUGACACCUGAGGGGGUGGCCAAUGAUUCUGCCGUAGAGAGCGGUCAGAGUUCAGCCAAUCAGAAUGCUCAGAGCUGUCAGAAUAAGCUUCAAUGCCAGGAUCAUGGGAAUUCGACACUACAACAGAUCAGGCAGAUCGAACAGAUCAAGCAGAUCGAACAGAUCAAGCAGAUCGAACAGAUCAAGCAGAUCGAACAGAUCAAGCAGAUCGAACAGAUUCACCAAGCCAGUGGUUGCUUCAAUCGCUCGAAGAAGCUACGCAAGCAGCUACGGAAGGAGAUAUUGAUCGCGAUACUACUCCGACGCCAGUAUCACGCUCAGGGGGUGGGAUUCAGGAAUCUCAACCUUCUGAGGCAGCUGCACGGCCAAUCAGAAGACGAAAUCGAGAAGGAUUAG